AAUUAAACUAGGUACUUAUUUGAGUUUUGAAUUUUGAAUCAAAUAGUUUUAUUGUUUUUAAAAAAAUGCUUAAACCCAAGAAAAAUAAUAACCCAUCGAAAAAACGAGACGAUGACAACGAUAAUGCUGCUCGCCCUAAAACAUGUAGUUAUGAGCCGAAACCUACUUUGUAUUCAUCGAUCAUUCAAACAGAAUCAAAGUUGAGGAACAUUUCACUUUCUCGAUUAGAGCCUAAGCCAAAUACGAUCAAACGAAGUGUCAGGGAAGUAAAUUUUCCAUUGACUGAACAUGUUUAUGACUAUAAUAAUAUGGUAAACGUCGGGUUAAAGAGCAAUUCAAGUACUGUAACAAAACCCAAGCCCAGGGAAGCACAUUCAACAAAAAAACCAGAACCCAAGUUAAGUGAUUAUUACACACCAAGUUUUGAUAAUGUCCAACGGAUACAAAUGGACAGCCUAAAAACUAAUCCAGAGUUAACAGUACAGUAUGACGGUUUGGCAGUGUCGAGAUUACUGAACGAAAUUGAUGAUUUAAUCUUUAGAUAAAUAAUGUGUAGUUAAGUAAAUUAUACUAACUGUUUGUUAUUUAUUUAAACUUUGUGGUAUUUUUAAUUCGCAAAUAUGAUUAAGACAAUCUUGUUUAUUAAACUUUAGUAAUGAUGAGAUUUUGAUCCAGUUACUAUUUGGAAUAAUUCUUUAAUGAACAAUAAGAUCAUGUUAGAUUUUAUUAAUUUUAAUAAUAUUUUAUUUUUGUUAUUCCCUUAAUUUAAGAUACCAAUUUAAUUCAAUUAUUUAUUGAACACUUAAAGCUCUAAUGAUAAAGUUUUUUUGUAAUAGAUGGAUAGUAUAAUAUUAUGAUCAUUUUUACUUAGUAUGCAGGUUAUGCAAAAUAUAUUUUUAAUUGGUA